AUGGCCGACACUGCCAUAAGUACCGGGGCUAAACACGAUUCCGACCUGCGCCGGAGGAAUGUCCCAGAUACAGCCAGACCCCAGGCGUCUAUGCCCUACAUCCCAGAAGAUGUCAAGAAGCAAAAGGCCCAGGCCUCUUCAUUCUUGCAGGUAUUAGCUGGCUGGGAACCAAUUCUGGCACCCGUCAUCUUAACAGCCCUUGCCCUCUUUACUCGACUCUACCGCAUUGGUCGUUCCGAUAUUGUGACUUGGGAUGAAGCUCACUUUGGCAAGUUCGGUUCCCACUACUUGAAACGCGAGUUCUACUUCGAUGUCCACCCUCCCCUCGGAAAGAUGCUUGUUGGCCUCUCGGGCUACCUUGCUGGCUACAACGGAUCAUUUGAGUUCAAGUCUGGUGAAAAAUACCCCGAAGACGUGAACUACACCUUCAUGCGUGCGUUCAACGCUUUGUUUGGUGUUGUUUGUGUUCCCCUGGCCUACUACACAGCUCGUGAAUUGAACUUUCGCAAGGCAACCGUGUGGUUGAUAAGCUUGAUGGUUCUGUUUGAGAAUUCGUAUGCCACCAUUUCUCGCUUCAUUCUCUUGGAUUCAAUGCUGCUUUGCUUCACCUUUACAACCACAUUGUGCUGGGCACGAUUCCACCGCCUCCAGCGGGAGAAUUUUUCACUGCAGUGGUACAUCUGGCUUUGUCUGACUGGAUUGAGCAUUGGAUGUGUUUGCAGCGUGAAGUGGGUUGGCUUCUUUUGCACCGCCAUCGUCGGUCUUUAUACCGUUGAGGACUUGUGGAAUAAAUUUGGUGACUUGAAGAUGCCCCAAACUGUGCUGGCAAAACAUCUCUUUGCUCGUGUAGGAGGUCUUAUUGUUAUUCCAAUUCUGGUAUAUAUGGCUUCUUUCUAUGCACACUUCCUGGUUCUGUCAAACAGUGGACCGGGAGAUGCUCAAAUGAGCUCUCUGUUCCAGGCCAACCUGCGAGGCACCGAAGUUGGCAGGGAUAGUCCCCUUGAAGUGGCAUACGGGUCCCGUGUGACUUUGAAGAAUAUGGGAUAUGGGGGUGGCCUCCUACAUUCUCACGUCCAGACAUUCCCUGAGGGUUCACAGCAGCAGCAGGUUACUUGCUACCACCACAAGGAUGCAAACAACGACUGGUUCAUUUAUCCUAAUCGACAAGACGCCGACUAUGAUGCCGAGGCAGAUUUGAGAUUCAUUGGGGAUGGUGAUACAAUCCGUCUUAUCCACGGACAGACUGGUCGGAACCUGCACUCCCACGCAAUCGCUGCUCCGAUCUCCAAGUCCCACAACGAGGUCUCCUGCUAUGGAAAUCUCACCAUUGGAGACGAUAAAGAUCACUGGAAAAUUGAGGUAGUGGAUGAUGCUGCGUCUCGGGAUCGCUCUCGAAUCCGGACGCUGACGACUGCAUUCCGACUUCGACACCCCGUCCUUGGCUGUUAUCUUCGGGCUGGAAACGUCAACCUGCCCCAGUGGGGUUUCAAGCAGAUUGAGACCACUUGUAUCAAGGAAAACAAACCGGGCGACGUCUAUACCCACUGGAACGUGGAGUCGCACACCAAUGAGCGAUUGCCUCCUGGAGAUCCUGGCUCCUACAAAUCACCUUUCUUGAGGGACUUCAUCCACCUAAACGUGGCUAUGAUGACAUCCAACAACGCCUUAGUCCCUGACCCGGAUAAGCAAGAUGACCUGGCUUCGAAAUUUUGGCAAUGGCCGAUUCUGAAUGUUGGCCUACGCAUGUGCUCGUGGGAUGACGGUGUGGUCAAGUACUUCCUUCUUGGAAAUCCCCUCGUCUACUGGGGCAGCACUGCGGGUCUCGGUGGGUUCGGUCUGUUGUUGGUGUGGUACCUUCUUCGGUGGCAACGAGGCUACCAGGAGCUCAGCCAGGCGGACAUGGACCAUAUACACUACUCCGGCGUAUACCCUGCCAUCGGCUGGGUCUUGCAUUAUCUACCAUUUAUCAUCAUGGCCCGUGUGACUUACGUUCACCAUUACUACCCAGCCCUCUACUACGCUAUUAUCACCUUCGGCUUCUGUGUUGAUUGGAUUUCUCGCAGCCUGAAUGCUCGUCUUGUGGUCGUCCUCUACGCCGCCUUAUAUGCGAUCAUCAUUGGACUUUUCAUCCACUUCCGUGCCAUCGUGUUCGGGAUGGAAGGUCCUAACCAGCAGUGGGCUUACUUGCGCUGGUUGCCUGGCUGGCGCAUUUCCAACUGA